AUGAGCGUUCAGGACGUGCAGAUGUCAGAGGUUGAUGACCCGCUGUCAGAGCCGUCGCUGCUCGCCGCGCACGGCGAUGGUGGUGGCGGGAGUGCCGCUCAAACUGCACCUGGCGAGGGGCAGGCGGCGGCGGCGGCCUUUGGGGCCCCGCUUGGAGCACCAGGGCUGGUGGCGGGCGAGGGCGAGGGCGGCAACGGGCAGCGGGCCGGCGGAGCGGCAGAAGUGGAACCAGGAGCAGGAGGCGGGGCUGCCGCCACAGCAGCUGACGCAGGGCGCGCCGCUGCUGUACUGAGCAGCAGCGGCGGCGUGCCAACGGAGCCUGCGCACCAGGCGGCUGCGCACUCCGAGCGGCAGGCCGCGCCCACGGCCCUGUCCGUCGGGGCGGCUGCGGGCGCUGGCGCACCUGAGGCGUGGGGCGCGCUUCAUGCGAGUCUCGACGCGCCGCAGCAACAGGAGCCUGGUGCUGGCGCGAGCGACCAGGCGCAGUGGAGCCAGGGGCAUGUGCACGCCACUGUGCCGCCCGUGGCCGAGCAGCCCGCGGUUGCGCCGCCCGCGGCCCCGCACCAGCAGCCAUACCAGCAGGCGCACCAGCAGGUUGCAGCGGCGGCGGCGCAGGGGGCGAGGGCGGCGGCCGGCGGGCUGGUGCACCCCGGGGCGGAUGAGGGCGGUGAUGGCGAGGACGAGGAGGAGUACGACGGGUGA